GAGCACUCCUAAAUGGCAAACGUCUUCAGAAGUGAAGACCCGCGCUGCUGCCUCGUUAGUUGAGUCUUCGCUCUUCUAUUGGUGCAAUAAUUUCACUGUUAAUUAAGGGACCGAAACAGAGUGGGCUGUUAGAACUGUGAUUGCGCCUCAUUGCGGCCCAAUUCGGCAAGGCUUUCAGCGACUUCCCAUGCAACUUAUUCAGAAUGCAUAUCUGCAAGGCAUAGCUGUAGCUCGUCAUUACCUCGGAAACCACUCCGGGAAAGAUCCCAUCCAUUUUGGGCGGGCUCACUCGUACACGGAGGAUUCUUGAAGAAGACAACCACGAGCGAACUAGUGCUAGAUCCUCAGGCUAGCUGCUAGGCGCCAGGAGGAUGGCUGAAGGCAGUGCGGCCCCUGCUGGUGCUGGCCCCAGCCCCAGUCCAGGAGCCGCGGCUGCUGCUGCGCCGGUCGCGCCCAUCAGCCUCCAGGAUGCGCUGGUGCUGCUGGGCGACCCCAAGCACCUGCAGCGGGAGAAGGGGCUGAAGGCUCUGAGUGCCCAGCUGCAGGCCGCACCAGCGGAUGCGGACCAGGCUGCCGCGGUGGAGGCGGCGGUGGUGGUGCUGCUGGCGGGGGAUACCUGGGAGCGCAAGCUGGGCGGCCUCAUGGGCGGCAAGGCCUACGUGUCGCUGUCCGACGCGGCGCUGUCGCAGCCCUUCACGGAGCGGCUGCGGCUGGCGGCCAUGGGCCUGCUGGAGGACGGCGAGGUGCGCGUGCGAAUGGCGGUGGGCGACGUCCUCAAGGCGCUGGCCCAGCGCGGCGGCGUGCCGGUGUUCCAGGCGUGUGCGGCGCAGGUGCUGGGCAGCAUCUCCAAGAACUUCGACCGCACGGACGCGGAGGGCGGUGCUGAGGGCGGCGAGGGCCCUGACGGCCAGCAGCAGCGCGGCCUCAACCCCAUGCGCGAGUUCCUCACCGAGUCGCCCGCGCUGCCCGGCUCGCCCACACCCGAGCCCGAGGUUCAGCAGCAGCCGGAGGCGGAGGCGGCAGCGGCCGGGGCGGCUGACGUGGCCGCUGGGGCCGCCAGCGAUGAUGGUGGUGUGAGCGCGGGCAGCCUGGUCAGCGCUCUGCUCAAGAGCACUUACCGGCAGUUCCGGCCGGGUCAGGGCGAGAUGCGCCACGGCACUGAGGGCUGGAAGUGCCUGGAGACAAGCAUGAAGGCGCUGCAGGCUCUGGUGGAGGGCUGCGGCGCCGCCAUUGGGCCGCUGCUGGACGAGCCCCUGCGCGAGCUGCUGUACCGCGCCCUGCACCACCCCAACAGGUUCGUGCGCGAGACGGGGCACUUCACCAUGUGCACCGUGUGUGAGGCGCUGCGGGGCCCCGCGCUGGCGGCCAUGUCGCCGCGGGUGGCGGAGCUGCUGGCGGACGGCAUGGGCGACAACUGGAGCCAGGUGCGCUACGCGGCCUGUGUAUCCACGCGCUCGCUGCUGGAGUGGCUGGGCGAGGGGCCGGAGCGCGAGGCGCUCAUGCCCACACUGCUGCCGCCCAUGUGCCUCAACCGGUACUACGUGGCUGAGGGUGUGCGGCGGUAUGCGCAGGACACCUGGCGCAUCGUGAUGGGCGAGGGCGGCCGCGCGGCAGUGGCCCGGCACGUGGGCGCGGUGGUGGGACACUACACGGCGCAGAGCCGCGCCAACAACCACGCGGUGCGCGAGGCGGCGUGCGCCUGCAUCGCCGAGCUGCUGGAGAAGGUGGACCGGGCCGCCGUGUCUCCGCACGUGCCUGCGCUGCUGCGCUCGCUGGUGGUCUGCUUCAAGGACAUGAGCUGGCCGGUGCGGGACGCGGCGUGCAUCGCGGCCGGCAGGGCGGUGCUGGCCUACCCGGAGGAGAUGCGGCCGCUGGCGCCCGAGGUGCUGGCGCUGUGGCUGGCGCACCUGGCAGACAACAUCCCCACCGUGCGGGCCAACAGCGCCGCGGCGGCUGCCAAGGCCCUGCGCGCGUACGGCGACGAGGUGCUGCCGGCGCUGCUGGCGGCGCUGAACGACAUGCUGCUGCGCGCGCGGCAGCAGCCGGCCGAGAGCAGCCGCUACAGCGGGCUCAGCACCGAGACCCGCUUUGGCGUGGCGGAGCGCCAGGCGCGUGACAACGACCCGGCUGUGCACGAGGACCAGGAGAUGUUCAGCUGCGGCUCCCUGAUGGCGCGCUUCUCCACCUCCUACCUCAUCAAGAGCGACGGCUGCAUGGACCACGGCUUCAGCAGAGACAAGGAGCCGUGGGAGGUAUCGGAUGGCGCCGUGCAUUUGUUGCGAGAGCUCGCCGCGGUUCGCCCAACCAUCGUCACGGACGAGCACUUGCAAGGGCUGGUCGAAAUUGGCGGGAUGGCGUCCUUCCAGCACGCUUUCAACCUCCACGAGACUGUCUGGCGCUCCGUGCUCCCGAUCGGACAGUCGAUAGGGAAGCAGCGCUUAAAGCGGCACCUACGCGCGCUGUUAGUGCCACUGCUGGCUGACUGCCGAUGCGGCCACCAACUGGCGGAGGCGGCGGCCCAGGCGGCGGUUGAGGGGCUGCGUGCGUGGAUCGGACCAAACAUCUUUGCUGGAUAUCUUCCGGAGGGCGUCGACGCGGCGGCGCUGUUUGGUGCUGGUGACAAGCUACUGGUGCCGCAGCGGCCGGCGCUGGUGGGUCUGCUGGGGGUGUUUGCGCAGCGGCCGCCGGCGCUGCCUCCUCCAGAGGGUCGCCCGGCACCGGCACCAGCUGCACCGGCAUAGACGUCCAAUCGGAGUCGGCAAUCGCACACAAUGCAACAAGGAGGUGGAUGGGUAUGGGGAUACAGGAGACGUGAGACGGUCUUGUGCCAUCGCAGGACCAUUCGUGACGCCGGUUUAUUGUGUUGGCAGACUACAGCUGUGCUGCAAACGGUAUGCUUCACUGCUCCACUUGUCGGGCCCUUGCGAUGGCCUCUGGACGUUGUAUAGUGCCCUUUUGAUAAGAGCGUGUGUCAGAGGGGGCCCCGUUCAGGGGCAUGAAGUUUCGAUACUGGGGGGGACAGACUUCAAUUGACGCGACACAUGUUGCCGCCGCUGGCCGCGGCUGAAGCAUGUGUGAGUCCGUUGUGUGAACCAAAGAUUGUAGGAGGAGUCCGCAUAGCGAGUGCAGCAUUUGCUGCGGUGUAAUGCAGAUGGAAAUAAUCAAUCAUCAAUCAACUAUCUGUCUUCUAGACUUCCGAUAUCGCAUUAUGUCAGUGCCACACGGACCUGUGCAAGCGAUUGGACAUGCGCGCAGCUCUGUUCCAUGUUAGCGCGGACGCACACACCUGAGCGAUAUCGCUUUAACUAGAAUAUGAAUGACAUUACAAGCAGAUGUAAUGCUUGAUUAGGCAUAUCAUUAAGUCGUCGAUUUCGGAAACUGAAGAUAUUUACCGUGGUAAGAUUCAUGGAUGGGAGUCUCUGUAAGAUAAUCAGUAA